UGUUUUCCUGUUUGUCUGUUGUGCCGGUAGGACCCUGGGGAAUCGCUUUCCUGGCGGUUCUUUCUGCAUCAAGACCCACACAUGAACCGAUUUAGGUCAUGGCUGUCCUUCAGAGCUGUCCUCAUGAGAAGGGCCAUGCAACCUGCUAUUUCUGGGCUCUAACCAGCCUCGUUUGGGAGCGGACGUCCGGGUCCCGAGCCAGCGCUGAGGACAGCCACGCCUCGUGCACAGCUCUCUGGACGACAGGGGCCCGGAGCUGAUGGCAGACAAUGUCAGCCACUAACAACAUAGCCCAGGCCCGGAAGCUGGUGGAACAGCUACGCAUCGAGGCCGGGAUCGAGCGCAUCAAGGUGUCCAAAGCCUCGUCGGAACUCAUGAGCUACUGCGAGCAGCACGCCCGGAAUGACCCCCUGCUGGUCGGAGUCCCCGCGUCCGAGAAUCCCUUUAAGGACAAGAAGCCCUGUAUCAUUCUGUAGCUUUGUCCCCCUGUGUGUCCCUGCCUCUGUGUCGCGCGACUAGGGCGGCCGCGCUGCGCCCGGCAACACCUCUCAUGCCCCCAAACCUCCCGCUCCGAAAGGAACGCGAGCCGCUGCCUCCACGGAUGGGGUAACCUGCGUGCCCUGGGUGCGGAUGGGUCCGCGGGGCCGACGGCGCCCUCCCUUCCCGGCGGCCAGAAGACGCCGGCGCCGCGGCCACCCCCAUCAGGAGUAGCAGAAAUCCCCAGUGACCUGGUAAUGAUUUUCGGACACUCUGGGUCGCCGUGUGCGCCUCGGGAAGGGAAGGAGGACGUGCCAGUGGCCCCAGGCGCCCUGGUGGGUGGCCAUCGUCCCCCGACGGGCCGUUUGUCAAAAUACUUGCCCGGUCCAGGCUGCCAUGCUUUUUUCUUCUCCUAAGCAGAGGAAGAUGGGGGGAGGGGGGGCUCAUGGCGACUGUUGGAGACCCUCUUUGGAAACAUUUUUCCUUUUCACUUAAACAAUUGUGACUCCGCACCGCUGAGCCCAGAGCUGGGAGCCUGAGCCUGCAGCCGCCCUUGUGUAAAAUGCCCCCGGGGAUUUUAGGGGCUGGGAAGGGGGCAUUGCCUGUGACGUGCAGCCUGCGUGGCCAAGUGUCGCCCCGCUGUGUGGCCUCUGUAUGGCACGCGAGGCCCAACAGCCAGGCCGUGGCCCCCCGCCCUUUCCUGCGAUGCCCUCCAUCCCAGAAAGGGAUUCUCCACAACUUGCUCCGGUCACCAGAGUGACCUGCAGCGUUCCCCCUGGUUUGGAGCUCGGGACGUCUUCGUGGGCCGCGGUCACACCUGGCCCUUCCGGGUUGUCGCAUCGUGUUGUGUUUUUCUCCACUUGAGCGCACUGCCAUGGCCAUUCUGCAAACAGAAAUGCGGCCCGAGGCGGCCCUACCCUGGGGGCCAAAAGGCGUGAGGUGACUGGAAGGAGCCGCAGGGCCUGGGAGGCGAGGUGCCUGGCCCGGGCAAUUCCUCGCCCGUCCCUGCAGGGGUUCGCCUUUACUCCCGUGGCCUCUGGUACCACCUGGACAGUUGAAGGAGCCGGGGGCACAGGGAGUGCGCAGGGCACCCCCCCCCCCGCCCCGGUGCCCGCGCCUAGUCCUCACUCCAGGGCCUCCUGCCGACCUCCGUGCUCCUGCCCCACUCAGCCCCCUGCUAGUGCCAAGGCCCCGAGCCCCCCGGUGCUAGGCUUGGAGGGGUGGGGCACGCGUGCACGCUGGCGGGCCCCCCCCCCCCAGUGUAUGGGCUGUAGGCCCGGUCCUGCUCCCCAGCUCCCACUCUCUCCGGCCGGUCCGGGAGCACCAGGGGCUUUGGGGAGCCCAGCCCCUCCAAACCUGCGGCUGGACGGGGAAGCCUUGGCCGCCUUUCACUGGGCAGGGACACAGCCUCUCUCUGUCCCCUGCAGAGCAGCAAGACGGAACAAAACCCGCUCCACGUGGGGGAGGCCAGGGUGCAGCAGGACCCACCCCGCGACUGGGGGUGGGGGCGGCUGGCCGGGCGAGGCCUGUCCCGGCCACUUCUGUGUGAGAAGCCUUAAUCCCUGGAGCCUGACCUUCCCUGUGUCCCCUGUCCUGCUCUGAGGCUCUGGCUGCGGGGCCCCACCCCAGUGGCCUCCCCAGAGACGCCAGCGGGAGGCGAAACCCAGGAACCUGGCUGAGGGCCGAGGGGUCCGGCAGCCACAGUGCCCCCAGCCCGGAAGUGAACUUGAACUCUGGUCAGAGCCCCCAGGUCCUAGGGGUCUGAGUAAACUAGGCCCAGAGAGGGUGAGGAUGGGCCGCGCCCCCGCCCCAGGAGCCAGCCUAGGCCCAGGGAGGGGGCUGCCAGCAGGAGCCCCACCACGGGGGUCUUUCUAGCUGAGAAAAACACCUUUCUUUCUUCCUCUUCGAGUAACUCUCCGUGUCCAUAGCGUGGACCUGGAGGCAGUGUGCACAGGACAGCCUGUGCUUCCCAGGCCCGUGUCCUACAUGGACAUGUGCGCGGGGCCUGCGCGGGAGCUGGGGGGCCGUCCGGGCCAGGGGAGCCAGCAUCUCUCAGCCACGUCCCGGGGGAAUUAAGGGCACCUCCCCAAAAAAAACAUGAAUGGGAAACACCGGGUUUCUCUUUCUUUAGGCUGCCUGGGCGUCCCCCAGGGGGCCGGAGGCUGGGGCACCUUCCCUCCCCUCCCCCGACUCCAGGAAGGAGCUAGAACGGGCACCCCUCCCCACAGGUGUCCCCCAGGUCAAGAAUUAAGUGACUGGGUGGUGACCCCUGGCCCCCGGAGGACGUGCUGUCCUUUCUUUGACCCCGGCUGGGCCCUCCGGGCCAGGGCCCUGGGCCUCCAGGCAGCUCGUCUUUCUCUGCGAGGCCCCAGCCCCACCGAGUUCUCAGUGCAGGGGAAGGCCCCCGGCCCGCCCCGAGGGCGAGUGGCCAGCAGCAACUUCCGGGCCCAGGGGAGGCCACCAAAGGUCGCUUGUCCUUCUAGAACACUUACAAAAAGCCAGCCUGCCACGGAGUCUUGGAGAAGAAGCCAUAGGUCGGACCCUCCACCCUCUAACUUCUCUGUCCAUGGAAACCGUUGCCAAACGUCACACAGACCCAUUCCGGUCCGCAGAAGCCGUCUGUGGUUCUGGCAGGUUCUGCCCCCUCUCCGUGUGGAUGUUCAGUGGCUUUUAUUUCUGAUUUAAAAAAAAAAUUCCAGGUGUGCCCCAGCCACUUCUCAGUGUUUUAAUAUUGUGUGGAAUCGUUAAUACAGAGUGAACUGUUCCCCAGUG